ACAUCGCAGGCAGUCAGCAUGAAGAUCCUCGUGCUCUUUCUCGCUCUGUUCGCCGCUCUUACCGAGGUUCUGGCAGAAAAGCCAAUAUGGGCGGAUGAAGCGAAGUAUGGUGCACAGCAAGACGCGUGGAAGAGUCUCAAAUCCGACGCUCAGGAAAAUUACAAGAUGGUAAAAGCCACUUAUACGAAUGACCCAGUGUGGGGCGAUGAAUUUACUUGUUUGAGUAUUUCGGCCCUGAGGGUGAACGAAACAGAGAAGAGUAUUCAGGCUUUGAUUGUGCUUAUGAACACUGCUGACACAAUAUUCCAAGGUUUACUUGAGAAAGUGACUGCUGUUAAAAUGUACGGUUACGAGAAGGAAAACGCCUUUCUGUACGAGACGCAGGAUGGGAAAACUUUCACAGACGUCCUUGCAUUCUCUGAUGACCAGUGCGAUGUAGUCUACGUUCCGGGUACAGACGGAAAUGAAGAGGGUUACGAACUCUGGGCUACCGAUUACAAGAACGUUUCGGCCAGUUGUUUGGAGAAGUUUAAUGAAUAUGCUGCAGGAAUGAAUGUACGCGACGUAUACACCAGCGCGUGCGAGGGCACUUAUUACUAACAAAGGUAUAUUGUUCUUUCAAAAAUAAAUGCUGAUAUUGCCAUCACGUG